UGAUUAUAAAGGGGUCGUUGUAUCAGGACCCUGGGAUUACACUCUGUUCAUGAAGGCCUACAUUGAUGAUGGUUGCACCAAACUUGUGGACUCAAAUACUCCAAUAAAGCUGAACCAGCAGGUCUGGGUGAAACUGAUAACUGAGGGAUUGGAUAAAGACGUAGUUGUCCUGGUGACCGACAACUGCUGGGCAACUGAUGAACCAUCACCUUAUGCAGUAAAUAAAUAUGACCUGAUAAAGAAAGGCUGCCCUGAUGAUUCAACAGUGGUGACAAGGAAAAAUGGAAAUGAAACCUCCAACUAUUUCGCCUUCAACAUGUUUGAGUUCUCUAGGGGCUCAAAUCAGAUCUACCUGCACUGUGAAGUGCACCUGUGUGUGAAGAGCACCAACAUGUGUGAUCCGGUACGCCUUACUGUCAAACACACCUCAUGGAGGACAUUUCMCUGAAUCU